AUGACACCAAAGGGUGAGGCCUGCUACUGUCAAAAUUUUGCUUAUGUGACAAACAUUCACAAUGUUUUUGGUCCUCAACAUCACCCUGACAGCAGUAGUACUCCAGAGAGGUGUGAGGAGACGAGUGAAAAACCCAAAAAGAAGAAAAAGCAAAAGCCCCAGGAGGUUCCUCAGGAGAAAACAGAAGACCCAUCUAUCUCUUUCUCCAAACCCAAGAAAAAGAAAUCUUUUUCCAAGGAAGAGUUGAUGAGUAGUGACCUUGAAGAGACUGCUGGCAGCACCAGUCUUCUCAAGAAGAAGAAGUCUUCACCCAAGACAGAAACAGUUAAUGACCCCGAAGAGGCAGGCAACAGAAGUGUCUCCAAGAAAAAGAGGAAAUUCUCCAAAGAGGAGCCUGUCAGCAGUGGACCUGAAGAGGCUGCUGGCAGCAAGAGCAGCUCCAAGAAGAAAAUGUUCCAUAAAGAAGCCCAGGAAGAUUAG